AUGAUGCCUCCGCCCCCAUCGGACACUGCGAGCUUGACAGGCCCGGGCCGUGUGUCCGUGUGCUGCCGUGUGAGGCCGCUUUUGCCCAAUGAGGUUGCCCAAGGUUUCCAGCGCGCCCCGUGGGAGCUCACGGCCAGGUCCAUCAGCCUCCGGGAGCGUCAGCUGACCCGGGCAGAGUCUGAGCUCCUCCGUGAGGGCGAAGGCCACGCGAGCACCAAGUCGCUGAAGACCCGCGGCGAGCUGCGGAAUCUGGAUCACUUGCGUCGGCCGGAUGACGAAACCAUCAUGGACCAUGUCUUCGGGGAGAGAGCGACGACCGAGGAGGUGUAUCGCCUGGCCUUUCGGGACAUCGUCCACGCAGCUGCCGAGGGCAUGAAUGGUGCCAUCUUGGCUUACGGCCAGACGUCCAGUGGGAAGACCUUCUCGAUAAGUGGCUCCACGGCGGCGAGGGCGGAUGGAGAGAUGGGAGACAAAGGUAUCAUUCACUUUGCCCUGGAGGACCUCUUUGCGGAGCUUCAGGGGAAGGCCUCAGCGACCAGUGGCUCUGAGUAUUUGGUUCGGAUGUCGUAUUGCGAGCUCUACAUGGAGCGCGUGAACGACCUCUUGCGGAAGAUCGGCCCCCAGAGCCAGAACCUGACAGUGAAGGAAGACCCGGAAGGUCGGGGCUUCUACGCUGACGGCCUCAAGGAGAAGAUCGUGUCUUCUGCAGAGGAGGUCCUGGCCCUCUUCACGGAAGCAGAGAAGAGGCGGCGUGUGGCGCACACACGGUACAACGAGGUGUCCUCAAGGUCUCACACGCUGCUGACGCUCUGCGUGGAGUGCUCCAUGCCCCUGGAGGGCGACGUGCCGCUGGGCGAAGAUCCCGAGCCAGCUCAGGUGACCCGAAUUGGCCGCCUGGUCAUCGUGGACCUAGCGGGCAAUGAGCGUCUGGAGGCAGGCACCGAGUACGUCGCAGAGUCCAGCAGCAUCAACAAGUCCUUGUUUUUCUUGGGCAAGGUCAUCGAAAAGCUGGCCGCCCGCGGGUCGCGCGGCGUGGCCGGCGAGGAGGGUGACCAUGUGCCGUUUCGGGACUCCAAGCUGACGCGCCUGCUGUCGGUGCAUCUCGGGGGCAACUCCCGCACGGGCCUCUUAGUCACUUUGACGCCCGCCGCCGAUGCCGUUGAGCAAAGCCUCACGACGCUGCGAUUCGCGCAGAAGGCUGCGGAGGUUCGCUGCGUAGCCAAGCCAGUCCUUGUCAGCAAGGAGCAGUCGCUCAUCGUCAAGCAGCGUGAGAUUAUCGCGCAGCUUCACAACCAGGUGAAAAGCCUACAAGAAGAGGUGCAGCAGAGAGCGAGUCCCCAGUUGUCCGGCCGUCCCGUCGAGGACGACUUGGCCGCUGAGCGCCAGCAGUGCGCUGCGCAGCUACAGGCCCUGGUCCUCAGCUCGACGGAGCAAGGCAGCAGCUUUGUGUCCAAAAGCCGGGAGGUGGAUACCGUGGUCACCGCCCUGCACCGCAACAUGGAUGUGCUCCAGAAGCAGAAGGCACUCGUUGUCGACAAUAUGAAGGCGCUCUACAAGGCCGUGAACGACGUCAAUGCCUCCCUGGCCCAUGCGGCGGAAGUCUUGAGGAGCGGCCAAGACACCGCGGCUGCUGCCUCCAUCCUGGCCUCGGCGGGAUCCGUGCCAGACACGUCCGUGGCCUGGGCUCCUGCAGUGCUUGAGCUACGUGAGAAGCUCCAGCUGCUCCUGGCGGCAGCGAAAGACAGUGGACAGCUUCCGGAAGGAUGA